AUAAUCGUUAUCAGUUUAGUUACCAUGGUUGCAAAAGUCGCCGAAAUUUGAUUUGUUUACUGUGGAAAAAUUUGAGUAUCUAAACAUUGAGUAAAAAUCUAUGUAAAUAAUUAUGCCGUAUGGUUGAAUUUCAUAACAUAAACCUAUUAUAACUGGCAAAAACUUAAAGAAAAUAUGUAUCAUUUUGUAGAAAAAGAUAAAGUCUCAAGUUCAAGUGAUUCCUCAUCAAUUUUGAGUAGGGAUAAUGUAAAUACUGCUAGCCCUGAAAUUAAGAAAAGAAUAAUCUAUGGAUACAAGCAUAAAAUUACAGGUAAAAUUUAUCAUCAUGCUGUAGCACAGACAUUGCCUCCUCCUUGGAAAUAUGAUGUUGUGAUUAAAUUUCACAGAAAUUCACAAACAGUUGAUAAGAAGGACAAAACUCAACAAACUUCUAAAAAUAUUUCUACACAAGUUGAAGCAAGAAACAUUUACAUUAAUACUAGUGGUGAUAAGUGUUUGACCUAUUCUGGUUCUUUUGUACAUGCAGAUGAUGUAAAAGAAGAUUAUUUGAGUAAGGUAGUUGUAGUACAAAAAUAUAUUAGGCGAUGGCUGGCCUGCCAAGAAGUUCUCCGAAGAAAGAAGAAAAUUCUUUUGCAACACAUCUGGGAUAAAGAAAGAUUUAACUCAAGAAUGCAACUGGACGUUGAUUGGGAUAAAAGCUUACGUGAGAGACGUGUAAAUCCAAGAACAGAUGAAGAUUUCUUGUUACUGUUCAGCGAUUUACAACGAUGGUGGGAAAGAAAAUCAAAGUGUAUUAAUUCUCAUCUGACAGAAUCAGAUAUGAAAGCAGCAUUUUGGUCUUUGGUGAAUGAAGAAGUUAAAAAAAUUCUGCAAAUAAACCAAAAGAAAUAUAUAUGCCACCAAAAACAAGAUACUGAAUUUAAAGAAAAUUCUUUGAAAAUGGCAGCUCAACCAAAAUUAUGGAUGGGAUAUGAUAGAAAAAUUUCUGUUGAAACAUCAAGCACUCUGAGAGGAAAAUAUUUUCAAGACUUAUAUCAAACUUUAGGUAUGAAAUACAUAUCUUCACAAGACCGAAUAUCUGCUCUUACAACUUUAAAAGAAAUGGUUCAGCACUACGAUGGGAAGCUUUCUGAAAAUUUAAUUCAAUUGGCAAAUCGUGAAAUCGAUUUAUUGCUGAGAAACACAAAAGCUGAUCGAUUGGAAGGUUUGCGGAGUAGAAUCCAAAACUUGUUUUGGCAACUUGCUAGACAACCAGUUUAUAAUCCACAGAUGAAAACAGUUGAGAAAGAUGUACCCAAACAUGUUCUUUGCUGUGCUUCCUGUAAACGCUUUUACACUUUGACAUCAGAUUCAACCGAUGAAACUUUAGGCAAAUCCGUGGAAGCAAAUUAUUUUACAAAAUGUGCCAAGUGUUCCUACAUCGAAAAUGAAGCAUGGAUCAGGAAAGACUUGGAAAUUUAUAACAAGUUAUUAAAAGUUUUAAUCAAAGAUGAAGAAAAUAGAUCAUCAAUUUCAGGUCUUAUUUACAUUUUACAACCAAGAGAUAUGAAACAUUUAAUGGAAAAAGUUUGGAAAGGUGAAAGCUGCAUCAGUGGUUUAACAAACAAAGAUGAUUUGGAAUUUACAAGGUAUGAUUUUGAAAAAAGUUGGACUCCUUGGAACUGUUUGCUAGUUACGAGACAGGAAGCUCAAAUUUUACAACGAACACCAUACCCUGAGACGAUCUAUGAUGAAAAGUUCAAGGAAUGUGUAUUGCAAAGACAUGCAGAAGCAAAAGUUUAUUUUUCAACAAUUCCCCGAUUUUUUCCAUACAUAUUUGAACAGAAUUAGACAUGAAGGUGAUAUUUUUAUAAUAAAGUUCGUAUUUGUGUUUUCUUUUUU